AUGAGUGACGAUGAGGAGCCGGUGUCGGGCAACAAGCCUUUACGCUUGCCAAAGAAAGCUGCGAAAGUCAAGAAUAAGGCCCCAGCACAGCUUCAAAUCACCGCUGAACAACUUCUUCGCGAAGCCAAAGAGCGUGAAUUGGAGUUGAUUCCUUUGCCUCCUAAGACAAAAAUCACUGAUCCUGACGAGUUAGCUGAGUUUCAACGAAAGAAGAGGAAGGAGUUUGAGGAUGGAAUUCGUAAAAAUAGAAUGCAGAUCGCAAACUGGAUCAAAUACGGGAAAUGGGAAGAGUCCAUCGGUGAAAUUCAGCGUUCACGGUCGGUAUUCGAACGGGCUCUCGAUGUUGACCAUCGUUCGAUCACCAUUUGGUUACAGUACGCUGAAAUGGAAAUGAGAAGUAAGCAGAUCAAUCAUGCGCGGAAUAUCUUCGAUCGUGCUGUUACCAUACUUCCGCGAUGUAUGCAAUUUUGGCUGAAAUACUCCUACAUGGAAGAAGUGAUUGAGAACGUCCCGGGUGCAAGACAGAUUUAUGAACGAUGGAUGGAGUGGGAACCUGAUGAGCAAGCAUGGCAAACAUAUAUCAACUUCGAAUUAAGAUAUAAAGAAGUUGACCGAGCACGGGCCAUAUACCAGCGGUUCUUACAUGUCCAUGGAACAAAUGUCAAUAAUUGGAUCAAGUAUGCGCGAUUCGAGGAGAAACAUGGUUAUAUGUCUACGAGCGCGGAAUGGAGUAUUUUGGAGAGGACAACAUCAACGAAAAGCUCCUCGUAUGGACUAGACCAUCUUCCUCCUGAUCGCACAGCAGACAUUUUCAAACAUUACACCGUACACGAAAAGAAGUUUGGUGAAAGAGCUGGCAUUGAAGAUGUGAUUGUUAGUAAACGGCGUACUCAGUACGAAAAGCAAAUAGCUGAAAACUCUUUCAACUACGAUGCAUGGUUUGAUUAUUUGCGAUUACUAGAGAAUGAGGAGUGUCCUCGGGAAGAGGUUGAAGAUCUCUAUGAACGAGCUAUAGCGAACAUUCCACCACAUGAGGUUUACAAGGCUUGCCUCGACGUUAUUCCUCACAAAAAGUUCACCUUUGCGAAAAUUUGGAUAAUGUUCGCUCAUUUUGAGAUAAGGCAAAUGGAUCUGGCCGCGGCGAGAAAGAUUUUGGGAGUUUCCAUAGGAAAAUGCCCAAAGGAGAAACUCUUCCGAGCGUAUAUUGAUCUCGAGUUGCAAUUACGUGAAUUCGAUCGGUGUCGAAAAUUAUAUGAAAAGUUUCUUGAAUAUUCAUCGGAGAACAGCAAUACGUGGAUUAAGUUUGCCGAACUCGAGACACUUCUUGGUGACGUGGAUCGCGCUAGAGCUAUUUUCGAUAUUGCUGUUCAACAGCCAGCGCUGGAUAUGCCUGAGAUUCUAUGGAAAGCGUACAUUGACUUCGAAAUCAAUGCGGAAGAGUACGAAAAAGCCCGUGAUCUUUACGAGGCGUUAUUGCAGCGAACGAAUCACAUAAAGGUUUGGAUCUCGUUGGCCGAAUUUGAGCUAUUCAUUGGGAAUGUUGAUGGUGCUAGAAAGGUUUACGAGCGUGCAAAUCGUGCGCUAGAGAGUGCUGAAAAGGAAGAGCGUCUGAUGCUGCUAGAAGCAUGGCUAGAGGCAGAGAAAAAGAUUGGUGACAUUAAUGCGAUUCAAAAGGUGGAGGGCAUGAUGCCACGUAGAGUGAAGAAGCGGCGGCAGAUCCAAACAGAGGAUGGUGUGGAUGCCGGUUGGGAGGAAUACUACGAUUACAUCUUCCCGCAGGAUCAAGCGGCAAAGGGGUCAUUCAAACUGUUGGAAGCAGCUGCACGAUGGAAAAAGCAGCGCGAACAAAUGGCUAAGGAAGCACAAGCUGUAACUGACGAUCGGGAUAAAGAGCGCGGAGGGGGCGAUGAAUCGGGCGAUGAACAGCCUGACAAAGAGACAGCGACACUGAUCUGGAAAGUAGCAGCAGUAGUGAUUCCGAUUCCGAAAGCACGUCUAGUUCAUCUGAUUCAGACCGUUCGACGUGACGAAUUCAGUAUAAUCUCUUAG